CACUGAAAAAACAAAAAAUGAAAAAGCAAAAAAACUGUGUCCUUUUAAAUUAUACCAUAGGAGUACUACACAGAGGCUCAAUGGCGUUCUUGCUGAACAAAUCUUCAGUUCUCUCUCAUUUUCGUUCUCAUUCUCAGAAAGCGGAGGAUUCACUUUCUCUGUCGCGUAGAGGGUUUCAUGUUGAACCAGGGGCUCGCGAGAAGGCUCUCUUGGCAGAGGACCCAGCACUAAAGCGGUUCAAAUCACAUAAAAAAAGUGUGUGGAGGCUUAAAAGAAUUGGAGAUGUGCUCACAAUCGUUGUUGUUGCUGGAUGUUGCUAUGAGAUUUAUGUCAAAGCAGUAAUGCGUGAAGAAGCUCGAAAGCAGCAGGCAAACAGAAGUACAUAAUGAAUCUUGUGUUUCUGUGGCUUCUGUUCUUAUUUGGUUGGUAGCACCAUUAGCCGCCCUUCUAUGAUGUUAUGCCUCUAUGAAAUAAGCGAGACAAACUUGUCAACCCCAGGUGCUUAAACCUCCCAAAACAUCACUUAUUUUGACUUCUCGUAGAUUUUUAUUUUCAAUAAAUGCUGUUCUAUUAAUGUUGUACAACGAUUAUGUUGAAUUUCGUGAAAUUUUCUCCAACUUUUAUCAUGAAUGUUAAUGCAUUGCGAAAUGUA